AUGGCCGGCACGUCCAGCUCGACGGUGAAGACGCUGGAGGACCUGACCCUGGACUCCGGGUAUGGGGCGGGGGACUCGUGCCGCUCGCUCAGCCUCUCGUCGUGCAAGUCCACCUGGCCGGCGCUGGGCUCGGCGGCCCCGCAGCCGCGGGCGGGGGCCGCCUCCUCCGCCGCCUCCGCCUCCGCCGCCGCCUGGUGGGCCUCGUCGGCCUCCGUGCCCAGCCGCCACAACAGCUGGGACACGGUGAGCGCGGCGCUGCCCGAGGACGCGGAGGGCGCCGACCCGUUCUGCCGCUGCCCGCGGCUGCCCGAGCUGGAGGAGACCCCGUGGAGCGAGGGGGACGUGGCGCGGGUGCUGGGCAAGGGGGCCGGGCCGGGCCGGCGGCGGGCGGCCGCCUUCUCGGCCGAGGCGGCGCGGCGGCUGGGGCUGCUGCUGCGCCGGGCGCUGCUGCGCGUGGGCCGGGAGGCGCAGCGGCUGAGCGUGCUGCACGCCAAGUGCACCCGCUUCGAGGUGCAGAGCGCCGUGCGGCUGGUGCACAGCUGGGCGCUGGCCGAGAGCUGCGCGCUGGCCGCCGUCAAGGCGCUCUCCCUGUACAGCAUGAGCGCCGGCGACGGGCCGCGCCGCGGCCAGUCCGCCCGCUGCGGCCUCACCUUCUCCGUCGGCCGCUUCUUCCGCUGGAUGGUGGACACCCGCAUCGCCGUGCGCGUCCACCGCUACGCCGCCAUCGCCCUGGCCGCCAGCACCGAGAACCUGGUGGAGGAGAUCCGCGCCCGGGUGCUGGCCGGACGGGGCCCCGACGGGCCCGACGGGGAGGUGUCGGCCGAGGCGCUCGAGCUGGUCAUCAACAACGACGCCGAGCUCUGGGGGGUCCUGCAGCCCUACGAGCACCUCAUCUGCGGAAAGAACGCCAACGGUGUCUUAUCCCUGCCUGCUUACUUCAGCCCCUACAAUGAUGGAUCCCUGUGCGAUGAUGACCGGGUCGAUGCCUAUGCCCAACUGGAACUUCGAACUUUAGAACAGUCUCUCCUGGCUACCUGUGUGGGGAGCAUCUCCGAACUGAGUGACCUGGUCUCCCGUGCCAUGCACCACAUGCAGUGCCUCAGCUCCUUGCGCCCAGGAACCAGUCCCGCCCGCCAAGUCCGCCAGCCGCCACAGCCCAUCACCUGGUCUCCAGAUGCCCUCCACACUCUCUACUACUUCCUGAGGUGCCCGCAGAUGGAGUCCAUGGAGAACCCCAACCUAGACCCCCCAAGGAUGACUCUGAAUAAUGAACGGCCUUUCAUGCUUCUUCCUCCGCUGAUGGAGUGGAUGAGAGUGGCCCUCACUUACGCAGAUCACCGACGUAGCCUGACGGUGGACAGUGACGACAUCAGACAGGUGGCCCGGCUGCUCCUCCCAGGCUUGGACUGUGAGCCCCGGCAGCUGAAACCUGAAUGCUGCUUCAGUUCCUUCCGGAGACUAGACGCCAAAGCAGCCACAGAAAAGUUCAAUCAGGACCUGGGCUUCCGAAUGCUCAACUGCGGGAGGACUGAUCUCAUCAACCAGGCCAUUGAGGUGUUGGGGCCGGAUGGGGUGAACACCAUGGAUGACCAGGGGAUGACACCGCUGAUGUAUGCCUGUGCUGCGGGGGACGAAGCUAUGGUGCAGAUGCUGAUCGAUGCUGGAGCAAACCUGGAUAUACCGGUCCCAGGCAGCUCACCCCGGUAUCCCUCAGUCCACCCGGAUAGCCGGCAUUGGACCUCCCUGACAUUUGCUGUGCUGCACGGACACAUCUCUGUCGUUCAGCUGCUCUUGGAUGCUGGAGCCCACGUGGAGGGAUCCGCCGUGAACAGCGGGGAGGAUAACUACGCUGAGACCCCGCUGCAGCUGGCAUCCGCGGCAGGGAACUAUGAGCUGGUCAGUCUGCUGCUGAGCCGGGGGGCGGAUCCACUCCUGAGCACGCUGGAAACCAGUGGCAUGGCUUCCUCACUUCACGAAGACAUGAACUGCUUCAGCCAUUCGGCAGCCCACGGGCACAGGAAUGUCCUAAGGAAGCUUCUCACCCAGCCCCAGCAGUCCAAAACGGACGUCCUCUCCCUGGAGGAGAUCUUAGCCGAAGGGGUGGAGGAGAGCGAUACCUCCAGCCAAGGCAGCUCCAGCGAGGGCCAGAUCCGGCUGUGCAAGGCCAGGAUGAAGGCCCUGCAGGAGGCCAUGUACUAUAGCGCGGAGCACGGCUAUGUCGACAUCACGAUGGAGCUGAGGGUUCUCGGGAUCCCCUGGAAGCUCCACGUGUGGAUAGAGUCACUGAGAACUUCGUUUUCCCAGUCGCGCUACUCGGUUGUGCAGAGCCUUUUGCGGGAGUUCAGCACCAUCAAGGAGGAGGACUACAACGAGGAGCUGGUGAAUGACGGGCUCCAGCUCAUGUUCGACAUCCUGAAGACCAGCAAGAACGAUUCCGUGAUCCAGCAGCUGGCUUCAAUCUUCACGCACUGCUAUGGCAACAGCCCCAUCCCCAGCAUCCCUGAGAUCAGGAAGACGUUGCCAGCCCGGCUAGAUCCUCACUUUCUGAACAACAAGGAAAUGUCUGACGUGACAUUCUUAGUGGAAGGAAAGUUGUUCUACGCACACAAGGUCCUGCUGGUGACGGCUUCUAACAGGUUUAAGACUCUGAUGACCAAUAAAUCGGAGCAAGACGGCCAUGGCAGUAAAACCAUUGAGAUCGGCGACAUGAAGUACAAUAUUUUCCAGAUGAUGAUGCAGUAUUUAUAUUACGGAGGAACAGAAUCCAUGGAAAUACCCACAGCUGACAUCCUCGAGCUGCUGUCUGCUGCCAGCUUGUUCCAGUUGGAUGCCUUGCAGAGACACUGUGAGAUCAGGUGUUCCCAAACCAUCAGCAUGGAGAGCUCAGUGAAUAUCUACAAGUUUGCUAAGAUCCACAACGCCCCCGAACUGGCCCUGUUCUGCGAAGGUUUCUUCCUCAAGCACAUGAACUCGCUGCUGGAGCAGGACUCCUUCCGCCAGCUCAUUUACAGCCGGAGCAGCAAGGUGCAGGGACUGGACCCUCUGCAGGACCUGCAGAGCACCUUGGCCCAGCGCGUGCACUCGGUCUACAUCACCUCCAGGGUGUGACGGUGGGCCACCUUUCUCCCUCGCCCCACCCAGCCACGAGCCUCCCCAGCCACGGGGGAGUUGCCAGAGGGAUCUGGCCCAGGCC